AUGUCUUUUUUAGCGAUCCCAAUGCCUUUCAGUCGGAAUGCACAAACUUCAACGACACAGAGUCCAGCAUGUUUGGAGAAUGACCCAAACUGUGACCUCAUGAGAUACCUCAUUGCUUUGGUUGUUUUCAUUGGACUCAUUGCGAUUUUCAUGUUCGGAUGCAAAGCUGCAAUCAGAUUAUUAACAAAGAAAAGGUACGUUCUAUUCUAUUCCUGUUGA